CCGUCAAGGCACGCUUCCCAAUAAAAACCAAAUAGUGAGCAGGAAAUGACUUAUCUACCCCUAUGUCUCCAAUAAUCCCAUUAACAUUCCCUUCACCAGUUCAGAGGACAAAACAUCAAGAAUACAGGAGGGUGCUCAGUAUUGAUUCUUCAAUCGAAAAUGGCCAAGACAUCGGCUUCAGCAACGACGUCGUUUCCGUCGAUAAAGCCUAGUGACUAUGCCCACAGUCCUGUCCACUACGCCGUCGCAUUGGGCGAUCACACUACUCUGUCAAGACUUGUCUCUACCGUGCCUAAAUUAGCUGAUCCACCUCAGGUUAUGACUGAGUCAGACUCACUGACUCAGGAGAGAGUAGCUGACCAGAUCUCCGCUGUCUUAGACCGGCGGGAUGUUCCCAACAGGGAGACGCCGCUCCACCUGGCGGUUCGACUCAAUGACUCAUUCGCCGUGAAAACACUCGCUGCUGCAGGAGCGGACGUGUCUCUUCAGAACUCCGCUGGGUGGAAUCCUCUUCAGGAGGCUCUGUGUCGGAGGAACUCCGAAAUUGCCUUGAUUCUCCUCCGGCUCCAUCACCGCUCCGCCUGGGCAAAGUGGCGCCGUCGCCUUCCUCGGGUGAUUGCUGUGCUACGCAGGAUGCGUGACUUCUACAUGGAGAUUUCAUUCCAUUUCGAGAGCUCUGUUAUCCCCUUCGUUGGCAAGAUCGCACCCUCUGACACAUACAAGAUCUGGAAGCGCGACGGUAAUCUCCGUGCGGACACUUCAUUAGCGGGCUUCGACGGUUUGAAAAUCCAGCGAGCAGACCAGAGCUUCCUUUUCCUCGGAGACGGUGACCCCAGCCAUAAAGUUCCCUCUGGCUCUCUACUUGUUCUCAAUCACGACAAUCGCAAGAUUUUUGACGCGUUCGAGAACGCCGGAGCACCAAUGAGCGAGUCGGACAUUGCAGGAUUUUGUGCUCAGACGAGUGUGUAUCGGCCUGGUAUGGAUGUCACCAAAGCAGAACUGGUAUCCAGAACCAACUGGAGGAGGCAAGAGAAGACCGAAAGUGUUGGCGAAUGGAAAGCUAAGGUUUAUGAAAUCAACAAUGUGGUGUUCAGUUUUAGGUCACGUAAAGUAACAAACAGCGAAAACGACGUCGCAGGGAGCGAGCAAGUGAUUCCUUUAGAGCUCGACGAAGAUGAUGACGGGUUUCUGGUGGCAGAGAAUCCGAGUUUCGGAGCUCCUGAUAAGAGGAGACACAGUAGCUUUGUGAGGGAGGACAGGGAGUGGAUUUCAGUAGGGAGGAAGAGUGUCGAUAUAAUCCCCUGUUCUGCAGUUGCACGUCCGCCGCGAAGAGCUGCUGUGGCUGUGGCACCGGCCCCGCAUUGCAAGGAGAAAGAGUACAUAAGAAGUUUGCGGCCGUCCGUUUGGUUAACGGAGCAGUUUCCUUUGAAGACAGAGGAGUUACUGCCGUUGCUUGAUAUUUUAGCAAACAAAGUGAAGGCUUUGCGGAGGAUGCGAGAGCUUCUCACCACCAAGUUUCCUCCGGGCACAUUUCCGAUUAAGGUGGCUAUACCGGUGGUUCCUACGGUUAGAGUGGUGGUUACAUUCAGCAAGUUUGUAGAACUACAGCCAACUGAACAAUUCUACACCCCCCUCUCCAGCCCCAUCAGACAGAGCUGCUCAGAAGAUGAUCAACAAAAAUCACACAAUCGUUACUCAUCAUCCUCCUCGUCUUCGUCUUCAUACACUUGGCUAUGGCAAAACAACAGCCAAUCUGUGUCUGGGAGCAAACAGCAGCAGCAGUUGGAUCCUUUUGUUAUACCAAGUGGAUAUAAGUGGACUAGCAUUGAAGAUAAAUCAAACAAGAUGAAGAAAUCCAAGUCUACCAGGAAAUCCAAGUGAAUGCAAUUCAUAAACGAGGAUAUAGAAAGGAGAAAGUGAAAAACUUUGUGGUAGGAAUGUAGAACAGUAGAAGGAAUGUUCAUGAAUGAAGCUGCAAGUGUUUUACAUCUGAAUUUUGAAAUACUGUGUAGAUAUUGCCCAUCUGGUAUUUCUCAAUCAAUUCGGUCAAUUAAAGAGAUGUUUGUGGGGGGAUGGGACAACA